AUGAUUUCGGAGAAUGAGAAUGAUGCGGUGCUGCCGAAUGGUAGUGAUAAUCGAGUUGGAGCGUCUACCCGAGAGCAAUUAGAUGCCCAGAUCUUCGCUGAAUCUUCAGAAGUUUUCCGCAGCUCAGCAGUGGAAGCGUUAACGAAAUGUUGCCCAAAGUAUGACCUAUCCUCAACAUACGAGUUGCCUGAGCCAGAUUCUGAUGUCACCUCUUUAUUCAAGGAUUUAAUCAACGAACUGCCAAGCACCUAUGAUUUGAAAGCAGUGUUGAAUGAUGAGACCGGUCAGGUGGAGAGCUUUGAGGAAGUUUGGAAUAGUGAAGUAACGCAGAUUGGUAAUGCAAAGACAUCAUUAUCACUGAAUAGACUUCCAGAUCCAAAUGCGCAUGCGAAUGUGAUCGGUAUAUCGGGUAAUUUACCAUUCAUGCCGGGAGGGUUUGAGGAGGAGAUAGAUAACGUGUUGCGUCUGAAUGAUAUUCCUACUGUUACAAUUGAUGAUCAGAUCAAAGGUAUCCAUCAGACAGAACGUAUGAUAGAGGAUAUUUUAAAGAGUAACGACGGUACGUCAGGGGAUCUGUUUAAUGAACCGAAAAGUGAGGAUAUUCGUAUGAUUGAAGCGAUUGUGUAUGGAGAGGAUUAUAGUGUUAGGACGGGAAACGAAGAAUCAGAAGGUGCAAAGAGUACGGAAUCGCAGAGUGCAGAGUUCUUCGAUUUGGAGAACGCGGAUAUCUUUGAACUGAUCGAUUUUGUUGGGCAAGGGACACAGAUGGUAAAUAGUGCUGAGGAGAAUAAAGAAAGUGAUGAUAAAAAAAUGGAAGAUGAUCAGAAUAAAAAUGACGGUGAUGGGAAUGACAAAGCUGCUACGAGUGAACUUCAUGCAAAAGGAGAUGUUGAUUAUCCAUUCGAACUGGAUAUGUUUCAACAAAAAGCGGUUGUGUGUAUGGAGAAAGGAGAGUCAGUUUUUGUGGCAGCACAUACCUCAGCGGGUAAAACAGUUGUGGCUGAAUAUGCGGUGGCGUUGAGCAGUAUUAAUAGGACGAGAGUGAUCUACACAUCACCAAUAAAGGCAUUAUCGAAUCAAAAGUUCCGUGAUUUCAAAAUGGUUUUUGAUGAAGUCGGAUUGAUCACCGGUGAUAUCCAGUUGCAUACGGAUGCUUUUGCGUUGGUUAUGACCACUGAGGUUUUGAGGUCGAUGUUAUACAAUGGAUCUGAAGUGAUACGUGAGCUGGAAUGGGUGAUUUUUGAUGAGGUGCAUUAUAUCAAUGACGUUGAGAGAGGCCAUGUAUGGGAAGAGGUACUGAUAAUGUUACCUGGGCAUGUGAAAAUCGUUAUGUUAAGUGCAACAGUGCCGAAUUGUGUUGAGUUUGCUGAUUGGUCGAAUAAAGAAUCGAAAGAUCAACGUAGUGAUGACAUCAAGACGUCCAGUCCCACUGGAACAUUAUUUGUACACGGGUCAGGACGGGAAGACCCGAAAGGAUCUAUUCAAAGUUGUCGAUUCGAACGGGCAAUUCAUAACGAGAGGGUGACAGAUAAGAAUAUAUAUACGAAUUUAAUCGAGCAUCUGCGCACUCAGAAUCUACUUCCAAUGGUCGUAUUCGUUUUCUCGAGACGGAGGAAGACUGAUUUCACUAGAAUUUUAUGUAUUUACAGUGGAACUUUGGUUUACGAGCGAUAUUCUCUGCAGAAGGUUUUGCAAAUGGCGGAACUGUGUCAACGUGGCUUUGCGGUCCAUCAUAGUGGAAUCUUGCCGAUUCUGAAAGAAGUUGUCGAAUUACUUUUCCAGAAGGGAUAUGUGAAGAUAUUAUUUGCAACAGAGACAUUUGCAAUGGGAGUGAACAUGCCAGCGAGGACGGUUGUUUUCGAUAGUAUGCAAAAACAUGAUGGAAGGGAGUUGAGGACGUUGAGUCCGAGUGAAUAUAUUCAGAUGGCAGGUCGUGCAGGACGUCGUGGUCUAGACUCGACAGGUACUGUGAUUGUGCUGUGCAAGGGAACUGAGGCACCAGAGCCGACCGAGCUUAUUAGAAUGAUGCUGGGAAAAGCAAUGAAACUGGAAUCAAAAUUCCGGGUAACAUACAGUAUGCUGUUGAAUUUAUUGCGUGUUGAACAUUUACGAAUCGAAGACAUGUUACAACGGUCGUAUGUCGAAAGCGCUUCGUUGCGACUUGCACUCUCGAGGAAAGCGACUCUGAAGAAGGUAGAGACGACCUUAGCGCAAAUGCCGCCAUUGGAAUGUGAUAUAUGUUGUAAGAAGAAUGAUAGAGGCAGCGUUGACGAUGGUACAGAUCAGUGGUCUAUCGAAGAGUAUUAUAUGCAGUUGCGGGACUUUGUUCGAUUUCGUAGUGAAUUAUGGACGGAUUUGAUAAGAUAUCCAGUGGUUGAUAAGAUGCUAUCAUUGGGCAGAUUGGUGAUCGUGGCAUUACCCGAGAUCGGGAGACAGGCAACAUUGGGCAUAAUUAUGAAGGUGCAGAGUGAAGGUCAACGGAAAGUGAUGCAGUUAAUGAUAUCGGUUGAAGACGAUCCGAAUCUGGAAGAACGCGACAGACAACGUUUUGAGGCAUUCAGUAAACUCCCUGAAAAGGAGCGUGAAUGGAAACGAGAAUCAGCCAUGAUAGAAGGUGCGGCAUUGAUCGGUCUCGAGAGACUGCAAAUUGAGAAGAAAGGUUCGUCAAGAAGAACGUAUCGUUUAGUGAAUGACGUUGCGAUCAGUUCACUUCUAGCGAUAUGUCAGAAACAAAUUAAGAUCGAUAUCGGUGCUGUUGUGACGGAUGCACGCAUUCGGAACGGACCUCGAUUCAGGACGCGAUCUCCUGAUCCAGCAAUAAGUAAAAUAAUCAUUGAACUGGAUUCACUGACCGAAAAAUGGACAAAACAAAACGCAGACGGUCCAAAUGUGGUUCUUCCUGGCCGAGAUUUGCAAAUAACAGAUGUGGAAAUUUACGAUAAGAUAAUGAAUUUGAAUGUGAUGAGAAAUAUGUUGAUCGAUUAUAAGAGAUAUCCGUGUAGAAGUUGUGUGUCGUUUCAACAGCACGUGUUGAAUCGUUUGGGAUAUACGGAUGAUUCGAAUUUGGUAACGUUAAAAGGAAAAGUGGCAUGUGAAAUUCAUCAUCAGGAAUUACUCGUGACUGAGUUGAUGUUGGAUAAUAAAUUCGAGACUCGGACAAUGCCCGAGAUAGCGGCGAUGUUAUCAGCAAUGACGUGUCAAUAUAAGGAGAGAAAUAACGACUCACAGAAGGGUAGUCCUACGAACGGGGCACCUGCAGCACUCCACCAGAUGAAUUUCAUAACAACGUCACUUUGA